AUGGAUAAGAAGACGGACGUGGAGGUUCAUGGAAUCCACGUCCGGAAGGUUCUUACACUUAUGCGAGAGCAUAAGUUGUCUGCGAACCUCAAGAAGUGUAUCUUCGCAGCGAACGAGAUACCACUUCUUGGCUGCAUCGUGGGUAAAAACGGUGUACGCCCUGAUCCGGAAAAGAUCAAGGUGAUUAGCGACUGGCCUGUGCCAGUCGACAUCAAGGGACUUCGAAAGUUCCUUGGUUUGGCGGCGUACUUGCAUAAGUACUUGCGCAAUUACGCCGAGAUGACAGUACAUCUCUCUUGUUUGUUAAAGAAAAACGAGAGGUGGUCAUGGAGUGCUGGGUGUCAGCACUCCUUUGAAGGUAUCAAGAAAAUAUUGAUACAAUCGCUUGUGUUGGCGAUUGCGGACCAGGACAGACCAUUCCAUGUGGUCUGUGACGCCAGCGAUUUUGCAAUCGGCUGUGCGUUAAUGCAGUACGACUCAGACGGCGUUGAGGACGUCGUCUGA